AAGUACAUCCUCGUCUCCGGCGGUGUCGUCAGUGGCAUUGGGAAGGGUGUCAUUGCUUCGUCUACCGGACUGCUCUUGAAGACUACAGGUCUCAAAGUCACAGCUAUCAAGAUCGACCCGUAUAUGAACAUAGAUGCUGGGACUAUGAGGCCUACGGAACAUGGCGAGGUCUAUGUUUUGAAUGACGGAGGCGAGGUGGACUUGGAUCUCGGAAAUUACGAGCGCUACUUGAAUGUCACAUUAUCGCGCGAUAAUAACAUCACUACUGGGAAGAUUUACAGUCAAGUCAUAGAGAAGGAACGCAAAGGGGAGUACCUCGGCAAGACGGUCCAGGUAAUCGUCCCGCACAUUACGAACGCGAUCCAGGAUUGGAUCGAACGCGUCUCCAAGAUCCCAGUGGAUGAAUCUGGCGAGGAACCGGAUGUCUGUAUGGUCGAGCUGGGAGGCACUGUAGGCGACAUCGAGUCUGCUCCGUUUGUUGAGGCGAUGCGCCAGUUUCAAUUCCGGGUCGGCCACGACAACUUUGCGCUCAUUCAUGUUUCCCUGGUGCCAGACAUGCACGGGGAGCAAAAAACAAAGCCAACACAAACAACCGUGCACUCUCUCAGAGGACUUGGACUUCUCCCCGACUUGAUUGCGUGCCGUCUUCUUGUGCCCCAACCACUGAAUCCCGCAACAAAAGACAAGAUCUCCAUGUUCUGUCACGUUGCCUCGGAACAGGUGUUUGGCGUGCACGACGUGACAUCCGUGUAUCAUGUGCCCCUUCUUCUGCAGUCUCAAGGCAUCGUAGAUUUCCUCCGUAAACGGCUCAAAUUAGAGACGGUGAACAUCACGAAGGAGAUGGAGGAUAAAGGGAGAUCAUUGGGGAAACGAUGGAAAGACAUAACCAUGGGGUACGAGAGGUUGUUUGACACCGUCACUAUUGCGCUUGUCGGAAAAUACACCGAUCUGAAGGACUCGUACAUGUCUGUAACAAAAGCUUUGGAACACUCUGCCUUCCGGGUGCAUCGAAAGCUGAUCGUUCACUGGGUAGAAUCCUCAGAUCUGGAGGCCGAGACGCAAGAAUCAGCUCCGGCUCGGUACCAUGAUGCGUGGAGAGCGGUUGUUGGUGCGGGCGGCAUCCUCGUUCCAGGUGGGUUCGGGAACCGUGGCACAGAAGGCAUGUUGCUCGCUAUUAAGUACGCCCGAGAACAGAAGGUGCCCUUCCUCGGCAUCUGUCUUGGUUUCCAGCUCGCUGUGAUUGAGUGGGCUAGAAAUAUCCUGGAGAUUCAUGAUGCGACUUCAUCAGAGUUCGUUCCAGAUGCUAAACAUCCCGUGGUGAUCUUCAUGCCUGAGAUCUCCAAGACGCACAUGGGCGGUACGAUGCGGUUGGGGCUGCGUCCCACUGUCUUUGAGCCUGGCACAGAGAACUGGUCUCGUGUACGCAAGCUGUACGGCGGCGCUGGCAAGAUUUGGGAAAGGCAUCGUCAUCGUUACGAGGUCAACCCCGAGUAUGUCAAGAGGCUUAAUGACAGUGGGCUGAUCUUCGCAGGGAAAGAUGAGAAGGGCGAGCGGAUGCAGAUAAUCGAACUUCCUGAUCACCCCUUCUUCGUCGGCCUACAAGCCCACCCCGAAUUCUGCACCCGUCCAUUGAACCCAUCCCCGCCCUUCCUCGGGCUCAUUGCUGCUGCUUCGGAAACGUCGGUGUUGGAUGAGCAAACCGCAUUCCAGGCACAGACCUACCACCCCCCGCAUCCGAAGCAUGCCAUGGUUGGGGAGGCGGUCUUGAAAAACUCUACAGAAGAGGUGUUCGUGAACGGUGUUUCGAAGGAUGGGCAGAACGGGGUCGAUGUUGUGCAAGUUGUGAACCGGGAUGAGGCUUAGAUUUUAGAUCUCAUCGGGAAGGACUCGGAGAAGGAUCUUUUUGGAUGAUUUGAUGCAGCGCGAACUACACAUGUUUUUUCGUAGUUUUGUAAAACCGUAUUUGCGGACAUGCACUGAAACCUGUUGGGACACA